AAUUUAAAGCGCUCAUGGUCAACUAAAGGGAUAGUACCAGACUUCACAAGAUCGUACUACUCAGACGACUACACAUUCAGAAUAAACCUACCUUCUUAUAAUGACCCGACUUUGGGUUUAUAAUUUGGUGACCGGUUGUCGGUCACUUCAUGUUUCUUUACCUCACAACGCCAUGUCAUAUACGAAGGAACCGAAACCACUCCCUUGGAGUGAUGACAAAAAAAAUCCACUGGGAUGGGCUAAACGUCUAUUUCGAAUGCAAGAAUCUCAACAAUUGCUCAACCAAUCGAAGGAGCCUCCUUUACUGCAUAUGAUCUGUCGGCUAAAGCCUAUGAAGGGAGUCAUUCACUACCAGAGAGCCAUCCUUGAAAAAUAUGGUCUUGGAAAGGACACAAAAAAUCACAACUGGGUAGUCGUUAAAAAUACUCCAUCAGUCAACCGAGAUUUAUACGAGAUAAAACAUCUUAUUCGGAUACAGCCUGUUAUUUUCGAGAACGGGUUACCAACUGAAUCUGAUUUACUUGCCUGUAGACUGCUUCCAGAUGGCAGAUUUUUCAGACAUCGGGGUCUUUCUGUUGAUUCUCAGUUAUUGGAUUCUUCAGAACCGAACCAAACAAACCUGUCGUUAUGCAAUCCUAAUCGACCUUAUGAUUUAAAAGCUUUAUUACAUUCUAAUGAAGAAAAUUCCAGAUAUCUAAGCAGUGCAUACCUAAGAAGGUGGCACAACAAAAGAUGGGCCAAUCAUGACUUCUUCAAGGAGUUUUUCACUUCACACUACAAAUACAAACUUAAUCAAGAUGGAAAUGAAUAUCGUUAUAGUGGUCUUUCGCGACUAGACAAAGCAAUAACUCAUUCACUUGAGUCUAGAAGAAACCCCGAUGGAACUCUUAAGCAGCCAAACUGCAAUCGUUUUGAUGCUGAUUGGAAUACUUAUCCUUGGUCAAGAUAUUAAAAUUUAAACCUGUUGGUUUAGGAUUUUCUUGCCAUGAUCGUUUCGAGCUGUGUACAAGUAUUUGAUAUAUUUAAGAAUAAAAUCCAGUCAACUAUC